CACAGCUGAUCCAAGAUGGCGACACCCAUGUUUGUUUUGAGGAUACACGGGAGAAGUUGAUGAUAGAACUACAAGAAGGCUAGUAAUAUAAUCAUUUUGGCAUGUUUUGUUAGUUUAAGAGCAUGACCUGGCUAGUUACAAGCCUUGCUAGGUUCAUAACUUGUUUUCAAAGACGAAAAACAGGAUUUAGUGCAAAUUUUGACUUGUGUAUUGAAGUAGUUAGUUUUCAGAUUUUCCUCUUCAGCAAAAGGCAAUAAAAACCACGCUGGGACACACUGAUCUCCCACUGGAACCUGUAAAGUCGAGCAAAGCGGAUGUCCAGAUUGGCUGUGGUGUUUGGCGGCUCCCGUGGUAUCGGGCGAGCAGUAGCCCAACUGUUGGCUCAAAGAGAGCAUCGAGUUGUGGUGAUCUCCCGGAACAAGGAAGCAGCACAGGCCACAGCAGAGACGCUUUCUGGAGUGGAACAUGUGGGUCUCAGUUGUGACGUUUCCAAAGAGCAGGAGGUGCAGAGAGUGUUCGAUACCAUCACUAAGACCUGUGGCCCUGUGGGAUACCUAGUCAAUGCAGCAGGAAUCAACAGAGAUGCAUUAUUAAUGAGGUGUAAAUAUGAGGACAUGGUUUCUGUUCUUCACACCAACCUGCUUGGCUCAAUGCUUACCUGCAGGGCAGUGUUACGGACCAUGCUCAGUAAUGGAGGUGCUAUUGUCAAUAUAGGCUCAGUGGUGGGUGUGAAGGGAAACGCUGGUCAGAGUGCGUACAGCGCCAGUAAAGCCGGCCUUGAGGGCUUCACACGCUCUCUGGCCAAAGAAGUGGCUUCUCGAAACAUACGAGUCAACUUGGUAGCUCCAGGACUCAUUCGGACUGACAUGACAGCAGGUCUGAACGAAAAAGAGUACGGAAAGAGGAUUCCACUGGGUCGUUUUGGUGAGCCACAGGAAGUGGCACACGCUGUUCUGUUCCUCUUGGAGUCUUCGUACAUCACAGGGCACGUCCUGUUGGUGGAUGGAGGACUACAGCUGACCAUGUAAUUCCUGAUUCUGCCCAUUUUGGCCUGUAAGCCUCUGUUGAUGGGACUAGCAGUAUGACAAGUCUGUCUAAUAAAGGAGCUUUUUUUUUUUUUAA